GUGUCCACCCAGCUGCUGCCAUGAGAAUCCACAGCCUCAUCUUGCUCUCCUUCCUUCUCCUGGCUGCUCAGGUGCUCUCGGAAAAGGUCAGAAAGAGAGCCAAGAAUGUACCAGACAGCACAACGGAGGACGAUAUGUCUCCCUCUUUGGGGAAGGCACGGAAUAAGCAGAGAAGCAGGACAUCCAAAUCUAUGACCCAUGGCAAGUUUGUCACCAAAGACCAAGCCACAUGCAGAUGGGCUGUGACUGAGGAGGAGCUGGGCAUCAGCCUGAAGGUCCAGUGCACACGAGCCGAUCAGGAGUUUUCUUGUGUUUUUGCUGGUGAUCCAACCGGCUGCCUUAAAUACGACAAAGACCAGACCUACUGGAAACAAGUCGCCCGCACACUGCGCAAACAGAAGAAUAUCUGUGAGAACUCCAAGAGUGUCCUGAAGACCAGAGUGUGCAGAAAGAAAUUUCCAGAGUCUAACCUCAAGUUGGUAAACCCCAGGAAGGAGAAAGCAGAGGUCUCCCCAAGGGAGCACAACAAGGUCCAAGAAGCUGUCUCCAUGGAGCCAAACAAGGUCAAAGUGGACAUCACCACCAGCCCAGCUGCGACCGUGGCUGUCAAAGAUCCAGAGUGUCUAGAGGACCCAGAUGUCCUCAACCAGAGGAAGACCGCCCUGGAGUUCUGUGGGGAAUCUUGGAGCUCCUUCUGCACGUUCUUCCUCAACAUGUUACAGGCCACAUCAUGCUAAUGAAGUCAGCCUAAGACAUGUGGUGUCAGAGCCCCACUGUUUGCUGGAAACUCCCCGGGUUCCCACUAAGACACAAACAUCUCCAAUACGGGAACAAAGUGAAGUAUUUAAACAGAUUUUGUAAAUUUUGUUUUUUGUGUCUUAGAAUUUGCUUUAUUUUGUUUUUUUACAUUCUUAGACGUGCUUUUCAGAGACUGUUUACCUCAGCGUAAUCUUCCAUGGACUACAAACCUAGGUUCAUAUAAGCAGUGGAUAUAUACAUCCAAGUGAUAAUGUCCAUGCAAGGAAUUGUUGGGUGUAUUUACCAAGAUAAUAAAGUUCUGGGCAUUCUUAGAAAUGCCACCAACCA